GACCAAACCGUGCUCCUCGCUGUGACUGGUAAUAACACAAAAUACCUGGAGAAAUAGAUUAUCCAUAGAAAGCGAAAGCGAAAGAGAGAGAGAGAGAGUGUGUGUGUAAGAAUAUGGCAAGUAUAGAGCAAGUAGCUGAGCUGAUAUCAUCGCUGGAGCAAGCAACUUUAAUGGCACAGCAAAUCGGAACCACCGUUGGACAGAACCAGUUACUCCAAAUUUCCUCUCUCCGCAUAGCCCACCAACGCCUCUCUGCCUUCCUAGCCUCCAUACCAACGGCGGAAGCUGAGAAAUCUUUCUCCUCCGUGGAGCCGAUGCAAUUAGGAGAAGAAGAGAAAGGAGAGGCUGAGCCUGCUGAAGAGGAGAGAUACUCGGCGAUAGAGAAGGUGGAGGAGAAGAUGAGAGAGUGUUUCAUUAGAAACAAGAGACUCAAGCGGCCACUGUCUCCCUCGUCGGCUGUGGUGGAGACUUCGGCGACGGAAGAGAGGAGUGGCCGUGAUUAUGGGUUUGAUUCCGACCCACAUGCCACCAAGUUGAGAGCUUUGGAUCUUAUCUACCAGUUUCAUGCUUGAUUUUAUAAAUUGUAGAUUUCCAGUAGAGAGAUUCUUUUGUGAUUGUAAAGACUAUUUGUCGGUUUGGUAUUACAAAAUCAACAAUUUACAAAGAUCAUCUCAUAGACAGAAAAAUUCUAACAAUAACAAACCAGAUUGGGACUGUAUUCUACUUACUCCCUGAUUCCUGACUGUAUGGAUAUUGGUCACAUUCGUCUUUCGGCAAUCAACAGCUUGCACUGCAACGUUGUAUCUUCCUCGUCUUGUUGCC